UACGAUAUUUUCCAACAGUGCACUGUAUAGUUGGAUUUUAGAGACGAGGGUUGUUAUACGCUAAAAGUUUGUUGAGGUAUGAUUACCUUCGUUUCAAUUAUUUGGAAUACUAUUUUAAUUAAGGUUUGAUGGACUAGAUGUGUGCACUGGUGUUGAGUCGAUGUUGUGAAGACAUGUUAUCAGGAUGAACAAGUCAUCCACUAUGAAGAUUACAAACUUAUGUUACCUUCUGCUGUUGCUACAGGUCUUAUCCACUGUAGUACUGUGUAAGCAGACAAACUAUAUCGUAACGACGUUCCCUAACCCCCACCAACAGGAAACCUUUAUCAACAUGGUGCGCGAUGUGGGCAGCGGAAAGCUUUUCGUCGCUGCGGUUAACUAUCUAUACAAGUUUUCCUCCGAUUUGAAAUUAGAACAAGAGGUGGUAACGGGACCUAAAGAAGACAACCCAAAUUGUCUUCCACCAACAAGAGGGACGUUCCAUUGUAGAUUGCCGAUUAGUCUAUGGGAGAAUUACAACAAAGCAUUAGUAAUCAUGGAUAGUGAGAUUGAGUCCGAGAAGCGACUCAUUUCUUGUUCUACUCUUUUUCACGGAUACUGUGAAAAACGCUGGCUGUCCAACAUUAGCGAGAUGGACGAAAUAUUAUACAAACCGGUGGUGGCGAACAAUCGUACGGCCACGACAGUGGUGUUCAUUGGCCCGGGCCCAACUAGAAACAACGUUAUGACUAACUCCCUGUAUGUUGGGGCAUCGUGGACAAACACAGGCCAGCGUGGGGUUCGUGACCUCGUCAACGCAUUCAGUAGUCGGCGCUUGGACGAUUUCAAGUUGACCUGGGAAACCUUUCAGGACAAGUCUGGCAAAUCUAUUGAACAGCUGCACCGCCAGUCUUUCCCAAUCUAUUACAUAUUCGGUGUUUCCACAGAUGAUUUUAGUUAUGUUGUCACUGUCCAGAAAUCCAGCACUGAUCCUAAGGCCCAGUUUAUCUCCAAGCUGAUUCGUGUUUGUAACCAGGAUGCCAAAUUCCGGUCAUAUACGGAGGUGGAGCUGCGGUGUAACUAUAAAGGCGUAACUUACAAUCUAGCCCAAGCCAUGUACCUGAUCAAACCGGGGACGGUCCUGGCCGAGGCCCUGGGUAUCAAUCUCACAGAGGAUGUGUUAUUUGGUGUGUUUUCCAGUGGUUCCCCAAACCAGGCUGCGUCUAAUGCCAGGGAAUCUGUCAUGUGCAUAUAUCCGAUGAAGGAAGUCCGCAGAAUGUUCACCGAAAAUAUACGCAAAUGUUUUAAUGGGACAGGGAUGACUGGACCAGAUUACAUCGUCAUACCUAACCAGUGUUUAAGCUCGCCCUACCUCAAAGAUAUAAACGAUGGUUACUGUGGAACACUGGAUUUUAACACACCAAUCAAUGGCCAGGAUCCAAUCGUGGCCAAUGCUGCUCUCAUCAUCAACAAGGCCAUCUCGACUAUCAUCGUGACCACCACCCACAGAUACACUGUCGCCUUUCUGGGUUCCCAAGAUGGUCAUAUAAUCAAGGUUGCGAUAUCGUCCCAAGAGGUUGCAGAGGCAUAUGAGGAGGUCGUCAUUGAUGAGGGAAAUGCCAUCCGAAAGAACAUGUACUUUGACACGGACCAGCGCCACCUAUAUGCCUUCACAGAUACAAUGAUUUACAAGAUUGUGGUGAAGAACUGCAGCCAGUAUAAGACUUGUGAUACGUGUCUGGGUACCAGGGAUCCCUACUGUGGCUGGUGUUCCCUUGAGGACAAGUGUAGUGUUGUGUCGGAGUGUAAGAACCACGACCAUGACCUUCACUGGCUGGAGUAUAGCGGUCAGACAUGUCCAAACAUUACCCACGUGUUACCAGACAAGAUACAGAAGGACAACACAAAGACAACCAGACUGACCUUGAACAUUUCUAAUCUACCGAUGUUCAACGGGAAUUUUAAGUGUGCCUUUGUCAAAGGGAAUACCAAGGUGUUGACUGAUGCCAACCUGACCCAUACAACCAACGUGAUCACUUGUAACACUCCGCCCGCUUACAGUGUACCAGAAUUUCCAUCUGGAGCAGAUCAUGUGGUGAUGCAGUUGUCCGUCUUGAUGAAUGGCAUGGAAUUUGUGUCUACCAACUUCACGAUUUUUGACUGCGAAGUUCAUACAAAAGAUGCGUGCUACAGAUGUACAGCCAGCAAUUUCAACUGCACCUGGUGUAUCCAAAACCACAUCUGUACUAAUUCCCCACUGGAGGACUGCAGUACCAACGACAAGUUCAUCUCUGGCUCUAAGAGUGAGGGACUGAUGCUACCCAAUGAACCAGGACCAAACUACUGUCCAACCUUCAUGUCCAAGCAUAUAUCUGUUACUGAUGGUAUCCCAAACAUCCUUGUGCCAUCUUUCACGUCCAAAAAAGUCUCCCUCAUCGGCAAGAACAUCAAGGACUUCCAGGCGCCAAUCCACUGUGUGUUCAGCCAGGGAGGGGAGGAACAGCGGGUGUUAGCCAUAGUAACAGAAUUUAACGCAGGGGACAAGGUCAUUGAGUGUACCAAUUUUUAUUUUUAUUACCCAGACAAUGUGAGCUACCUCAAUGUCCCUCUCAAAGUGGAAUGGGGCACCGGUAACAAACCCCUGGAUAACCCUAGUCAUCUGCAAAUUAGGAUGUAUAAGUGCGAGAAGAUGGCGAGUUCGUGCGGGGAAUGUCUGGUGAUGGACUCGGGCUACAGCUGUGGUUGGUGUAAUAGCGACCAAGCCAGCAGUAAGGUCUGCAGCAUCGAGAAGAACUGUCCUUUUAACAACUGGUUGUCCUUCACAGAGACCUGUCCUAAUCCAAAGAUUCUCAAGAUUCGUCCACUGACCGGUCCAAAGGCAGGGGGAACAGAGCUGACCAUCGAUGGCUUGGACUUAGGCAAGACUUUCGAUGACAUUGUCAGCAAUGUUGACGUGUUUGGAAUACAGUGUCUGCCCAUUCGCGACAAGUAUAUUCCAGCCGUUAGGAUCGUGUGUCGGACAGAUGUAUUUCACAACAAAGACAGGACAACUGGUCCUGUCCGUGUGACCGUCAACAGCAGGUACCCCUCCGAGUCCAAGGAACAUUUCACCUAUGUGGACCCUGUGAUAGAAAGCAUCCAGCCCAGCCAUGGUCCCCAGGCAGGUGGGACCAGAGUCACUAUCAACGGCCAGUAUAUGAAUGCUGGUACCAACAUCACAGCGUACAUAGGGGGACGGGUCUGUUCAUCACACAAGGAAAGUAAAUCAUCCAACCAAUUUGUGUGCGUGACUCCAAGUUCUCGAGAGGUCACAAGUGCUGCCAAGGUCAAGAUGUGGUUUGAUAAACAGCUCGUUCCAAGUGAUCAGUUCUUCGACUAUGUAGACAAUCCAAUCAUUGAGGAUGUCAACCCGAAAAAGUCUAUCAGGAGUGGAGGUGUCACUGUUACGGUGACUGGUCAAAAUCUGGACGCGGUCAAAAAUCCCAAGAUGGUCAUUCUCACAGAUGCAUUGUCUUUUGAAGGGGACUGUAAGCCAGGCAAUGCACAGAUGUUUACCUGUCUCUCUCCGAUGAUUGACCCUCAAAUAUUCAGGAGUCGUAAACGACGUGAUGUCUCGGUACCAUCAGCUCGCUCAUUCCACUAUGGAUUCCGAAUGGAUAAUGUCACAGACUUGCUCAACCUGACGAAAUUUGACGAGAAACAAUUCAAAUCAUUCAACAUCUAUCCUGAUCCGACAUUUGAACCAUUCCCCGGAAACAAGAUUAAGUCAUUUCAGAAAAAGAACAACGAAUACCUGACCAUCAGUGGUCAGUACCUUAGCAGUGGUAUCCGGCAGAACGAUGUGAUGGUCAAGAUUGGACGAGGCUACUGUAAUGUGACUUCAGUUGGUAACCAGUUAACCUGCCAGCCUCCGAAGUCACAGCCUCAGUCUGACAAGGGAAAUCGCUAUCCUGAAGUGGAAAUCUACAUCGGAAACAACCUCACCAUUUUCAUUGGCUACCUGAAAUACGAGGAGGCCAAGUUCCCACUACCCCUGGAGUACAUCAUUCUGAUUUCGGCCGGUGGUGGCGUCCUCUUAAUCUCCAUCAUAGUUGUCAUCAUCAUGUAUCGCUUCAAGUCCAAGAAGAACGACAGCAUGAUGAAGAAGAUGCAGAUUCAGAUGGACAACCUGGAGGCCAAAGUGGCUAAGGAGUGUAAAGAAGCUUUUGCUGAGCUGCAGACGGACAUGACAGAGCUAACCUCUGACCUCUACGGUCAGGUGGCCAUUCCGUUCUGGGAUUACCGUACCUACUGUAUGAGAGUAUUGUUCCCCAAACAGGACGCACUUGACCAAGAUGUUGACCACCCGGUCAUCAGGGACCUUGAGGUGGACUAUGCCAGGAGGGAGAGUGUGGAGAGAGGGCUCAAGCAGUUCGCACAGAUGCUCAACAACAAAACCUUCCUGUUGAUCUUCGUCCGUACCCUAGAGGGACACAAGCACUUCACAAUGCGGGACCGUGUCAACGUCGCGUCCCUCAUCUCUGUGGCUCUACAGACCAAGAUGGAGUACGCAACAGAUAUACUGAAGACCCUGCUUGCAGAACUGAUCGAAAAAUCUGUAGAAGGCAAAAACCAUCCCAAGUUGUUGUUAAGAAGGACCGAAUCAGUAGCUGUAAUUACUGUAUAUAUCAUGUUACUAAUUACACCUAAUGGUUACUGUUUGUAGGAGUGUGCAGGGGAGCCGUUGUUUAUGUUGUAUCAGGCCAUGAAACAACAAGUAUCAAAGGGACCAGUAGACAACGUCACCAGUGAGGCCAGAUACUCUCUCAGUGAGGACAAGCUCAUCAGACAACAGAUUGAAUACAAACAAAUGACUGUAUAUGUACAAGACAUGGAACAGUUUGGACAGCAGCCUCACCCAGUGAAAGUUUUGGACUGUGAUACCAUAGCACAGGUCAAGGAGAAGAUACUAGAUGCUAUCUAUAAAAAUGCGCCGUUCAGUAGUCGGCCUAUAAAAGACGACGUAGACUUAGAAUGGAACAGCGGGAUUAAGGGGCGUCUAAUCUUACAAGAUGACGACGUGUCAACGAAGAUAGAAGGAGAAUAUAAACGGCUCAAUAACUGCUGCCACUACAAGGUACCUGAUGGUGCGUUCAUGACGUUGGUGCCAAAACAGCCACAGUCCUACUAUAACAUGUCCCUCAACUCCAAUGAUAAAUCUGGGUCCAAGCUGUACAGUGAUCUCAUUUACUCCAGAAGUCCAUCCCUAAACCGAACUCCACAAGGUUUCCAUGCCGACACGGACGGGAGUGGCUACAAGUAUUACCACCUCGUCAAACAACACGAUGCAGAAACCUUGAAGGAGGGAGAUCGGGGCAGUAAGAUGGUGUCAGAGAUAUAUCUCACUAGACUUCUUGCCACUAAGGGUACUCUUCAGCAGUUUGUGGAUGACUUGUUUGAGAGGAUAUUCAGCACGAACCACAGAUGUACCGCCCUUCCCCUUGCCAUUAAGUACAUGUUCGACUUCCUGGACGACCAAGCCCUGCAGCAUGGUAUACAGGACACUGAAGUUGUGCACACAUGGAAAUCCAACAGUCUUCCACUAAGGUUCUGGGUUAAUGUGAUAAAGAACCCUAACUUUGUGUUUGACAUCUACAAGUCCCCCAUUGUUGAUUCCUGUCUGUCGGUGGUGGCCCAGACAUUCAUGGACAGCUGCUCCAUGUCUGAGCACCGCUUGGGUAAGGACUCGCCGUCCAGCAAGCUUCUGUAUGCCAAGGACAUCCCCAAGUACAAGAAGUGGGUGGAGAGAUACUACCAGGACAUCAAAAUGAUGCCCGCAAUCAGUGACCAGGACAUGACCGCCAUGAUGACCGACGAAUCCAGGUGUCAUCAGGAUGAGUUCAACACUAGUGCAGCCCUCCUUGAGUUAUAUAAAUAUGUACAGAAAUACAAUGAGGAGUUGUGGCAGGCUCUUGAAGAAGAUGAAUUUGCCAAGAAGAACCGCCUGACAUACAAACUAGAGCAGGUUCGAAUGACCAUGGAGGCAGAAGUUUACUGCUGAUACACAUAUCACACUCACAAAGGAGCUUUAAUUUCAUCAUUUGUUACUAUGCAUACUUGGCUUUAAUGCAAACAUUGGUUAGAUGGAGAUCUGACUCUUGUGUUUAGUUUGUUUUGAAGUGCUGCUACUGCUGAUGGUUACAUAUACCUCUUCAGGUCCAUUUUUGUCGAAUUUUCCUCUGUCGUCACACGUCAAGUGCUGUGAAAUAUAUAUCUAUGUUUUUCUAUUCCUCAUCCCUGUUGGAGUAAAAGUGAGUGCCAUUUACUUAGGAGACGUGUAUACCAAUAAUGAAAUUUGGUGUCAUCUACCUUGGAAAAUUCUACGUCUGUAUAAAUGAAGCUGAGUUUUCGCCUCCUGUUACCUGCCAUCCACACAAGACGAAUCUCUGUAUGCUGUCUAUGUCUGCGCGUGGUGCUUGACCAGCUGGUUCCCACAUCUGGUUCCAGCACUUGUUGUUGAUAGCAAAACUGUCCCAGUAAAACCAAUGAAGUGGCAUUUUUGUGAUUAACUAAGAACUGUCUGAUUGCCAUUUUGAUGUAAACAUAAGCGUCCAAACAUUGUUUGUACUCACACACUGAGACUUGUUUACAAGAGCAGCGAGACUGGUUCAUUGAACCACUGGGCUUGUUUACAGAGCAGUGUUACAAGUUCACAAAGCAACAAGACUGGUUCAUCAAACCACAGGGCAGUGAGACUGGUUCAUUGAACGAUGGGACUAGUUCACAGAGCAGUGCAUCUGGUUCACAGAGCAGUGCAUCUGGUUCACAGAGCAGAAAGACUGAUUCAUAGAACAGCAAUACUUGUUCAUAGAACAGUGCAACUGGUUUGCAGUAUAGUGAGAUUGGUUCACAGAACUGGUUCACUGACGGAGAUGACAGGACAUGCAUGUGUUCAUUGACAUACUACAUAGCUGGUGUAUCAUACCAGAACUAUUUGUAUGUAAAAAUUUUAUGUGUUUAAUCCAUACAACUAUUUUUAACUAUAAAUAAUAUUUACCUGUAAGUAUAUAAAAUCAGCUGAUUACAUAUUUUCGUAUCACACCUUGCUGUAGGCAGGGAUAGUGUGUCAUCUUUAUAACGAUUAUAGCCAGAAUUUAAUACUUCGUAAAAACAUUACACAAACUGUAGUUGGUAUUUAACUAGUUUCUGUAUUGAAAUUUAAUUUCCUUGAAUUUGACAAUUGGUUGUAAAUGCAGUAUUCCUUCCAAAUGUGAACUGUUUUGAAAUUUUUAAAAAAGGAAGAACAUUUUAGAUUUAAAAUAAAGAUGUAUUAAGGUUACCUUUAUUUAUAACCAUGAACAUUUUAGCAUAUAUUCACCUCCAUUAUUUAUGUCAAGAUGUAGGACACACGCUCAUGUACAUAAUAACAUUGCAUAUAUCAUUAGGGCUACUUGCUAGGAGAGUAUAGUAGAUAAAGUUUCUUUGUGCCAAAAGUAUCAUUAUCCAUUCAACCCUCUGCUAAUACAAUUAACACUGAGAAUACCCGUUAAAAUGGUAUACCUUACUUGCCAUAGAUUUGUUCUCUAUGCAUAUAUGUACAAUCAGUAUAUGUGUAAUUAUGCUGUUUAUUGGUGGUCUUAGAUAGUCUGGCCUAGAUUUGUAAUUACAAUAAAACCCUUAUCAUCUCAAAAUGUGUCCAUCAAAAUGAUCCGCCUCAUGUAUGGCUGCAUGCUUCUUCAGUAUCUGGUGUUAUCAGACGAGUGAAUUGGGUAGGGAUGCUUACUACAAUCUUGAUACACAUGUCACAAUAACCCACCAGAAAGUGUAAACACAUACCCAGUUGUCACCCUAGAUAACCCACCAGACACCAAAAGUGUUGAUAUGUACCCAGUAACCACACCCCUAGAUAACCCACCAGACACCAAAAGUGUUGACAUGUACCCAGUAACCGCACCCCUAGAUAACCCACCAGACACCAAAAGUGUUGACAUGUACCCAUGCAGUAAUUGCACCCCUAGAUAACCCACCAGUCAUCAAAAGUAUUGACAUUUACCCAGUAACCGCACCCCUAGAUAACCCACCAGACUUUAAAAGUAUUGACUUGUACCCAGUAACCGCACCCCUGGAUAACCCACCAGACUUUAAAAGUAUUGACUUGUACCCAAUAACCGCACCCCUAGAUAACCCACCAGACUUUAAAAGUAUUGACUUGUCCCCAGUAACCGCACCCCUAGAUAACCCACCAGACUUUAAAAGUAUUAACAUGUACCCAGUAACCGCACCCCUAGAUAACCCACCAGACUUUAAAAGUAUUGACUUGUACCCAGUAACCGCCCCCCUGGAUAACCCACCAGACUUUAAAAGUAUUGACUUGUACCCAGUAACCACACCCCUAGAUAACCCAUCAGACUUUAAAAAUAUUGACAUGUACCCAGUAACCUCACCCCUAGAUAACCCACCAGACUUUAAAAGUAUUGACUUGUACCCAGUAACCAUACCACAAGAAAAACCUACCAGACUUUAAAAGUGUUGAGAUAUUCCCUAAAAAUACACUAUGAUUAACCCUCAAAAUUUGUUUGACAGAUGUACAAACCCAGAAACUGCAACCCUAGACAAACGUGCCAGACUGAAAAAUUGUUGAUACAAAGCAAGUUACCACACCCCUUGAUAAACCCACCAGGCUUAUACACAUUAGCUACUUCCCUAGCCUACCCUACUUAAACCAACCAGUCUUAGAAAGUGAUGACAUAUUGCAAGUAACUACACCUCGUAGUUAAACCCACCAGACUUAGAAAGUGUUGAUACAUACCCAGAAACUAAACCCUUAGAUAAACGAUAAACCCACCAAAUAUUAGAACCAACGACUACUGGUUGUUUAUCAAGGAUAUUUUAAUUUAACAACAGAUGAAAUUAUGUGAUUUACAUGCAUACAUUAACUGUAAUUGAGUGAUUUUGAGUAAUCACUGAAACCUAGGUAACAUGUAUGAAUGUUUUUUACAACAAAUAUGUUAUGCUCAUAUAUUUACCUUUAAGAUUUUAAAUGUCGAGAUGUGCAAGGUUGUGCUAGUCAAAGUCAUGUUAUGUAAUCGUGCUGUAUCUUGUAAUUUGGGACAUUGUGACGUUUCAUAGGUCACUUUUUCACAUGUCCGAGUAGAACCCUUGUAAGUCUGCAUAUUUUUUUGUUUAUAUAUCUACAUGAACCAUAUGUUGUCAAUACAACUUUUAAUAUAGAUAUUAAAAUAUUAGUUGUUGAGUGUAGAGGUUUUACAGUAACACAAUAUAUUAUCCAAAACCACUCGUAAAAAAAUAAGAGCGUUUAAAAUUAUUUAUACUUCCCUAAAGUUCUUCCGUUAAUCUUCCAGAGGUGAGAAAUUUUAUACUGCGAGCUUCCAUACAGUUAUCUCCCUUACUGAUGCUAUAUAAGACAGUGUUACCUCCCUUUAUUUAUAAUCUGACAGAGUUACCUCCCUUACUGUUGCUUUGUGACAGUGUUACCUCCCCUACAGUUGUUAUGUGACAGUUUUAAGAAAAAGACCAGUGCAAUUUUUACUGUAACCAGCUCUGAACAUUUUCAAAUGUUAAACUGGAUUAUUUUUUUCUGAUUUUAUUUGACAGAAACAAACAAAUUAUCACUGAAAACUAAAACCUUUAUAAUGACCAUGAUAUAAGUUUUUUUCUAUAAAAUGAUAUUAGAUUGUGCUGUCAUAGUUACAAACCUAACAUUAAUCACUUAAAUGUUAAUGAAUUUGGUGAUUAAUUUGAUGUUUUCACAAAUCGAAAGCACAAGGGAAAACUAUAAAAAGUAUUCAUCCCAUGAGUUAAAAUGUGAGCAAUAUAGAAACAUGAAUUUUUUGUUACAUAUGCAGAGAUAGUGUGGACUGAAGUUCAACAACUCAUCAACGGUUUGUCAAAUAAUGGUGCACAAGAUAAUUUUACUAUGACAUCACAAUAAAAUCAUGAGAAUGUUCCCCCACCCCCAGAAAAUUCAGUUCUGUGAUUGGUCAAUUACCAUAAAAAAAAAAUAUACAAAAAGAAAUAUUUUACACAUUUUAAAUAUAUGUUAACUUGAUUAGGAAGUGAAACUUUUAAUUGAUUUAGAUUCAAUUUCAUUCUCAUAGGGUCCAGACACAUGUCUUAUUGCUUGGCUCAAGGGUUUUGAGGAAUGAGAAUUUAUUUUGACUCUUAAAAAGGAGGUUGUAUGUUCUGAUUAAUUGAAUUAGUUAUUAGAGUUCUACCAAGCGCGAUUUGAUGUUAUGCCAAACCAGAGUAACUGUCAUUAUUUUAUAUGAUUUGUUAUAAUAGUGACAUAUUGAGAAGUAUUAUAGACUGCUUUAAAAAGAGUGUCACCCCUAAAUUGUGUAGUCAUUUUGAUCAUUUCACUUCAAGCUUUUUUUGUCAGUUAGGUUAAUGGAGUAAGAAACAUUGAAUAGGAAGUGUAGGGAAAUGUCUUAUUUUUAUAUUGUAUGGUUUAGCACUUAAAUUUUCUGAUGUAAAGACAGUUUGUCGAUAACGGAUUAUGUCCCAGAUUGUUGUAAAAAUCGGAUUCCAUUAUCAUUUGUUUGUCCUUAUUUGUUUGUUUUUGGAAAUAUUUGCAUUGUGAAUUUGUCACUGAAAAAAACCCUAAACAAAAUCCACGAUUGAUGAACUUUUUUGUGAUAAUAUGUAUAGGUAUAUAUUUUGUGUUUCUUUUUUUUUCAGUUACUGUUUCCGUAGGGUUUAUUCUAUUGUGUGACAUUAGCUAUGCAGGAUUAUCUCCUAGUCCCUCACGUGGUACAUCAGUGGUCGUAUUAACAUUCUCAUUGUGUAUAAAGUGUACACACGAAAAGUGCAUUAUAGCCGAUAUCUAAAUCAUGUAAAUAUCACACUGUACAAACCUAUUAUUGAAUUUAGAUAUAUUAUGAUUAAGAUUAUUGUAUGGGUAUACUGUGAAACGAAAAACCAAAGAUGGAUGUGUGAGAUAUAGAAGGUUAGUUAUUACUGUCGGGUUAUAUCCUGGUGUAGCCACGGGGAUUUUGUGUAUGGUUGUAGAGAGUAGAGUGUGUGUUAUCAAUCUUUGGAUACGAUUCAUCACUUUGUUGCAUCAUUUUGCGUAAAAAAUAAAUAAGAUAAUCCGUAAAUAGAUGAUUAGCAAUGCUAGGUUUUAGGUUUAUUUGUACAGCUGUAUUACGAUCUCCACACAACGUGGCUUUUAGUUCCUCCACCGAUUCCAUUUGAGACCAGAGGGUCAGCUGACACUGUAAGGAGUUGUUUGGCGUAGAUUUUAGACUAGCUUUAGGCUUCAGAUCUAGAUAGCUUGUGAUUUUUGGUAUGUCAGGUAUUUUAAGUUUCAGCAAAUUUUAUGAGCUCUUCAUAAAACAAUGUGGCAUAUGUUUAGAACGUUGGAAUAGUUUCUGUUCUCUGUCGUGGUAGAGGUCACAUCUCAAGGUUAAAUAAUCUACGUUGGCUAUGCAACUUUUUUCAUUUAUAUCAUUUACAUGCGGUUGAUAUUUAAAUACAAAUUUUUCAUUUGUAUAAAUGUAUUUAUAUAUAUAUAUAUAUGGGAAGGUUUGUGUGUUGGCUAUGGAAUCUACUGUUCCAAGUAAAUUAAGACACACAAUAUGGGGAUUGUGUGUUAGGGAGUCAGGUCACCCUCAUUGGUAUGACAGAAUGGGUGUAGCGUGUGUGACGAGUGUGUGUGAGAGUGAGGACUUCAGGUAUAUGGGCUGACACACAUGUGAGAGAUAGGCGCGUGUGAUAACUUGAAUGAAAUUGAUAAUGUAUGCAUGAGAUUUUAUACAAUUUUUGAUACAGUGAUUUAGAUGUGCAUCUUCUUAAAGCUAAGAAAAAAAUAUUUAAAAAAAAAAAUGAAAUAAAACAUUACUGCA